UUAUUACACACAACAUACAAACAUACAAGAGAGACAACCUGUGUGAGGACACGAUGCUUCUACUUCAAACUUUGUUAUGUCUCACUGUUUUUCAGGGAAUUUUGAGUCAGUAUUGUGACAUCACCUCUGCCAACAAAUGCUGGUCCCCAAUGACGGCCACCCUGGGGGACCUUAUCCCUGGCCCCACCCCCUCCUCCAUUCCCCCCGCUGUCAAGGUCUACAGCGUCUGCAGUGGACUCAACAAUGUGUUCGCAUGCAUGGAGAACAAGAUGGCGGCCUGUUCCCCUGACGACCGUCUCCUAUACGACACAGCCACCUCGUCAGCCAUGUUUCUCUGUACCAAAGGAAAACAAGGUUACAUAGACCAUGCCAAGUGUCUGUUCAGCAAGUCAUCUCAUCAGGCUAUGAACACCUGUACAAGUGACGCCAUCACCCUGAUCAAAACCCUCAUCUUCAGCGUGAAUGACCUAGCGGACCUGAAGGUCAUGUCCAAGGAGCUGUGUGGACUUGCGUCGACGGUCCGCUCCUGUCUGUUUGACACCGCCCAGGAGAAUUGUGGGCGGCCCGCCGCCUCCUACCUACAGCAGUACAUGGACGCCACUAUAGAGCCAUUCUCCAAGUUCCUCUCCUGUCCCCCACCAAAAUCAGAUACAAAAUAUCUACCAUUGGAAGGAAAAGUGUCAUUUGAAAACGGAAUGGUUAAUCCUUUUGAUACAAACACCAUUAGCCCGGAAGCGUUAACUCCCUCCAAAAUACAAGUAGACAGAGUUCCCUCAACAACUCCCGGAAGCCCCCCACUCAGUGACCAGACCGAUGGCCUAUCAGUGGUCCCCACCUGUAACAGGUACUGCUUCCUGUACCAGCACAACCUGCCCACGUCUAUAAAACAGGGCUACGACGACUGGUGCGAGGUCAACUGUCGCCAGGGGUUCUGUCCCCCAACCUCCUGCACGUGCAACUGUAACCCCACCCCCAGGAGGCUGGUGUGUGAGGCCAUGGAUCUAAGGUUCGGUCAGAGCUCGGUCGGUUCUCAGUGGUGUACCAGUGUGUGCCAGCAGGGGUUCUGUCCCAAACACUACUGUAGAUGCCGCGUGGUACUGGAAUAGUGUGGACCGAUUAACGUUACUUUGUUCUUGUGUCCUACUGUGUAUAUUUACGGUACUGUGUACAUGUACGGUACUGUGUACAUGUACGUUACUAUGAAAAUGUACGUUGCUAUGUACAUGUAUGCCACUGUGUAUAGAUCUUAUGUACAUUACUGUGUAAAUGUUCGUCACUGUGUACUUUUACGUUACUGAUUACAUGUCCGUUUCUUUAUACGUUACUGUAUAUCUGUAUGUUUAUGUUUACCUUAGUAUGUACAUGUACGUUAAGGUCCACUGUACGUCACUGUGUACUUUUACGUCCCUGUGUACAUGCACAUCACCGUGUACAGUACGUUACUAUGUAUAGUACGCAAUUGUGUACAUGGACGUUACUGUGUAUAGUAUGUUACUGUGUAUAGUACGUUACUGUGUAUAGUACGUUACUGUGUAUAGUACGUUACUGUGUAUAGUACGCAAUUGUGUACAUGGACGUUACUGUGUAUAGUACGUUACUGUGUAUAGUACGUUACUGUGUAUAGUACGUUACUGUGUAUAGUACGCAAUUGUGUACAUGUACGUUAUUGUGUACUGGCACUUUUAAUUGAAAACCUACAUCUGUGAUAAAGUUACCUCGUGUUAAUUUAAUAAUGUGAAAUCCAGUGGUUCUCUUAUAUUUAUAAUUUCAUUCAUAUCGUUGUCUUUUUUACUCACGCGAUGUUGAAAUUGAAAUAAACUGAUCAUGUAUACCAGUAUACAUUUUUAUUGUUUUGAGUGACAGGAUAUUGUUUUUACAUGGCAUGUGUUAUGUUAUGGGUCAAAAAACACCACAAAAGUUUAGUUACCUUCAAUGCUACAGCGAAACGCAUUUAUUGGUGCAGCUUUUAUAACUGCAAUGAAGCUAUGUACAUUUUGUUGUUAAAUAUUUUAAUUCUUCUCUUCUUGUUGCUGUUGUUGUUAAUCUUUUUUUUUGUCUUUGGCUAGCGUUUCUGCUCCAGUAUUAUAGCUAUCAAUGGUGUUUCUGCUCCAGUAUUAUAGCUAUCAAUGGCGUUUCUGCUCCAGUAUUAUAGCUAUCAAUGGCGUUUCUGCUCCAGUAUUAUAGCUAUCAAUGGCGUUUCUGCUUUAGUAUUAUAGUUAUCAGUGGUUUGCUCUAGUAUUAUAGCUAUCGGUGUUUUUGUUGCUCUAGUAUGAAUUGCCAUCAGUGUCGUUGCUGCUCUAGUGUUUAAACUACUAGUGUUGUUGUUGCUCUAGUGUUAAAACUACUAGUGUUGUUGCUGCUCUAGUAUUACAGCCAUCAGUGUUGUUGCCGCGGCCUUUAUCUUUGCUUUUUUGUUGCAUUUGAUUUUGCCGUUCGAAAAUGCUAAAGCUUUUAGACUUGCGACUGAUUUUCAUCAAAACUUUGUUUCGGUGUAUAUAUCUUUUAAAAAGGUUGGUGUUGUUUUUAAUGGAAUGUUACUGCAAUUUGUGUUGUUGUCUGUUUAUUCAAUGUUAUUGUUGGCGUUAUUGUCACAUCUGCUUUACAAUGUAUAUGUUAAGCUAAAUUAUGUACUUUGGUAUUUGGGAUUGUGUUAAGAGCAAAAUAUGAAGGCCAACAUAGUACAACUAGUCCGGUAACUUACAUGUAGGUUAAUUCCCUACACCGGAUUGUUUACGAGGCCCUA